CGGAAAUGCACCGGGCCGCGCAGGCGCCUUGGUGUCCCCAGGCUCCCGGACCGGAAGCCGCCGCUUCUGAUGUUACGGUCGCCAAGACACAGCCUGGCCACGCCCCGUGGCAACCGGAAGCCAAUAGCCAGCGGCUUUGUGGUUGCUCGGAAACCCUUGGCGGUAAGAUGGCGGCGGCUGGCGGUCGGACCGUGGCUUCGCCCCAGCCGCCGCGGAGCUCACAGAGACGGCCGCCGCGAGACGGCUAUGGCGUAUAUGUAUACCCAAAUUCUUUCUUCCGUUAUGAAGGAGAAUGGAAGGGAGGAAAGAAACAUGGUCAUGGGAAGCUAUUGUUUAAAGAUGGAAGUUAUUAUGAAGGUGAAUUUGUGGAUGGAGAAAUCACUGGAGAAGGCUACCAAUACUGGGCCUGGUCAGGAAACACCUACUCUGGACAGUUCGUUCUAGGAGAGCCUCAAGGACAUGGCAUCAUGAAGUACAAAGCCGGAGGUUACUAUGAAGGGGAGCUCCUCCAGGGCCUGAGGGAAGGACAGGGGUUUCUGGAGGACCAGGACAGGCAGGUGUACCAGGGCUCCUUCCACGACAACAAGAGACAUGGCCGUGGGCAGAUGAUCUUUAAGAACGGUGACAAGUACGAAGGCGACUGGGUUCGAGACCAGCGUCAGGGACACGGGGUGCUGCACUGUGCUGAUGGCUCCAUAUAUGAGGGACAGUGGCACAGCGAUGUCUUCAGUGGGCUGGGCAGCUUGGCCCACUGCUCAGGAGUCACUUACUGUGGGAUGUUUAUCAAUGGCCACCCAGCAGCACAGGCUAAGAAAAUUGUGGUUCUGGGCCCAGAGGUACUGGAAGUGUUCCAAGGCUCUCCCUUCACAUUGAAUGUGCAGCUGCAGCAAGAUGAUGGCGAGGUUGCCACAAGUGAGAGUGGCCGGAUCCUGAAGAUCUCAGCAGGUGUCAGAUACGUGCAGCUCCCAGAAUACUCUGAGGUCAGCUUUUUCAAGAUGGAUGAAGAUCACAUGGAGGAGCCCAUCGAGACACCAUUUGGAUUCCAGUGUAUUCCCUAUCCUCUGUCCAUCCCCACGUCCUGGGAACUGGAGCCUGGUUCCCCUGAGGAAAAUGGCAGAGCCGACAUACUACUCUCCAAGAGAGACUCAGAGCUGGAGCAGGACUCAGAAGCCUUCCAUGUCGAGGGAGACACCCCCAGCAUCCUGCCAGCGGGGAGCAGACAUGAAUCCUGCUCUCCUGAAACCUGUCUGCAAGUGCAGCAAGGUUGUGCUGAAUUUGCGGACAUCUUCCUCGGACCCCUUCCACCGGAGAUGCAGCCCUUUCUGUUCCUGCCCAGCGUGCUUGAGAAGACCGACAGUAGUCCCAAAGAUGAUCAGAGUCCCCCAGAGGUGGUGCCCACUACCCAGGAUCCUCCAAAAGGCAUCAGGCCUGAUGGGACUGCAGAAGAGCCAUCAACCUCUGCAUACCUAGGGGAGUAUGUGGUCAUGAUCUCUGAUGAGACCACUCCACCAUUCCUGGGCCACAGGCUGCCCACUGCCUUCAAACACCUUCGAGUCUUGGCAAAGAGGGACAGCCAGGGGCCCCACGUCCCUGAAGAUCACCCGGAAGCUCUAAACUAGAGGCCACUCCUGGCCCAUGGACAUAAAGGAGCCAAGAGCACCCUCAAGAGAGGGCCACCCUCCCCUGAAUAGAGGCUCAUGCUGCCUCCCCCAGGGAGCACACCCUCUGUUCCUGAACAGCCUGGGAGUUGGGAGCUGGCCCUCGUGAGCUCCACAGCUACCCACUUCAAUAAAGCUCUCCAUACCAA